GGACACAACAACAGCAACAAAAGUUUUUUUAAUUAACUCAUUUUUUUUUUAAUCUCCAAGCUCAAAAUAUCAUCGACAAUGGCAGAAGCAGCAGCAACAAAGCUUGAGGUCGAGGGGGUCUCCUUCCCCGCGCUUGUGACUCCACCGGGCUCCUCCAAGACCCACCUCCUCGGCGGCGCAGGUGUGAGGGGGCUAGAGAUUGGUGGGAAGUUUGUAUCUUUUACCGCGAUUGGUGUUUACUUGGAGAGCGGUGCGGUGUCGGUGUUGGCGGAGAAAUGGAAGGGGAAGGAUGCUGAGGAGAUUGCCGGGUCUUUUGAGUUUUUUCAAGAUGUUUCUGCAGGACCAUUUGAAAAGUUCACAAAAGUUACGAUGAUCCUUCCUCUGUCCGGCCAACAAUACUCUGAAAAAGUGUCAGAAAACUGCGUUGCGUUCUGGAAAGCCAUCGGAACCUACACCGAUGCGGAAGCGGCCGCCGUCGAAAAAUUCAAAGAAGUUUUUGAACCAGAGAACUUCCCUCCUGGCUCCUCAAUUCUCUUCACUCACUCCCCUGCCGGCUCUCUGACGAUUGCGUUUUCAAAGGAUGGAUCGGUUCCUGAAGCUGGAGUCACAGUGAUUGAGAACAAAGCACUGACUCGUGCGAUACUGGAGUCCAUUAUCGGCGAACAUGGUGUUUCGCCCGCUGCUAAAAAGAGCUUGGCGACGAGGAUGUCGGAGUUUAUGGGGGGAGUUGAGGAGGUGAAAGAGAGGGUUCAGGUGGAGCAAGCUGUGAUUGCGUGACUUGUGAGGGAGUGAUGAGAGAGAGGAAGAAAGAAGUUCUGUUUUCUGUUUCCCAUGCUGUGUAAGGUGUCCUAUGUUCAUAUAAUGGAAUAAACCUUCGUCAAAUUAUGCUAUGCAAA